AUGAUUGGUCAAUGUUUGCAGUGUGGGCGUGGCUAGAACGUCAAUGUUUUUGUAGAGCGCUGUACGUGUAUGUAACCGCACCAAGGUCUCUGCAAUGUGAUUUCCUGACAUUGAUUUGUUUUCGUAUCAUUAACCCGCGGUCUCCCUCACGUUAUGCACCAGUUUCUAACAUGGGGAACCACUAGCAGGUGAAACACGGAAGAAACCGAGGAAAACGCCGGGAUGGCGGGCGCCUUUGGCUUCAAAGGCUGCCAGAAAAUCCGAGGUCCGCAGCUGAGAAGCCUGCUGGAGGCGAAGGACUUCAUUCUCUUCGACUGCGACGGGGUCAUAUGGCACGGAGAGAAGGCGAUCACCGGCGCCGUGAAGGUGGUGAAUUCACUGAUACGAAACGGAAAAAACGUAGUGUUCGUCACCAACAACUGCACCAGGCCUCGAGAGAAUUAUGUGCACAAGUUCUACCGGCUGGGCUUCACCGACGUGAUGCUGGAUCAGAUCUUCAGCUCCUCGUACUGCUCGGCUCUCUACCUGAGAGACGUCGUCAAGGUCCACGGACAGGUGUUUGUCAUCGGCUGCGACGGACUGCGCAGAGAGCUGCAGGGGGCGGGCAUCCCCUGCGUGGAGGAGGCGGACGAUCCGGACGCAACCAUCUAUAACUGCGACCUGGCCCCGGACGUGAAAGCGGUGCUGGUGGGACAUGAUGACAAAAUGACUUUUCUCAAACUGGCUAAAGCCUCAUGCUACCUGAGGGAUCCGGACUGUCUCUUCCUGGCUACUGACAACGACCCCUGGCACCCUCUGUCAGGUGGAAGGAUACUGCCAGGCUCUGGGUCCCUCACUGCAGCCCUGGAGGUGGCCUCAGGCAGGAAGGCCACUGUGAUCGGCAAGCCCAGUCGCUUCAUGUUCGAGUGCAUCUCCAGUCAGUUCAGGGGGGUGGACCCUGCGCAGUGCCUGAUGAUCGGGGACCGCCUCGAGACCGACAUGCUUUUUGGGUCCAACUGUGGCUUGGACACCAUGCUCACCCUCACUGGAGUGUCUCAGUUCGAGGAGGCCCAGGAGUACAGGAACAGUGAGCUGACCACCAACCACAGCCUGGUGCCCGACUACGUGGUGGACACCAUCGCUGAUUUCUUACCUGCAUUUGAGGAGUUGGAUGAACAGAGCAAUUGACGUGUCCUCUGCCUCUAGUAUGGGGCACAGAAUGCUUCUACUACAUUUCAAGUGCAAUGUUUAGUUUGCGUUUGCAAAAAAAAUGUUGAUACACAACAAGUGAUAUAUGCUCCUCAAUGUCAAGGCGCUGUUUAUGUUAUGACUGAAACGCGCCCUCGAAAUAUCAGAGUAACCCAGUGCAUACCUCAGUGUUUCUUCUAGUGUCGUGCUCAUUUGUGACAGUUCCUAGUUGCUGUAAGUGUUUCUAUCAAUAUAUGAAUAUAAUGCACUUUCGUGUUUGGUAUCGGGUUUUGAACAUCCAGAGGUAUUUUUGUAAAGCCAUGAAUUGCUCUGUAACAGCAUUCAUGUGUGUAGAAGCAGGUUGUUAAAUCUUUUGCCAAACGGCAGACAUGUACUUACAAAAACGCACAAUUGUUUUCUCAUAUGUGUUUACCUGAGUGGAUCUUCUCCCUCAUGAAGAGAAGAACAGAAACACUGUGUGAGCUUUUGUCAGCUCUGGUAGAAGCUACCACGACAAUCUGCCAGUCAGACAGGUGAAGUGUGUAUUCACUUUUGGCCUUUCUGUCACGUCUGUACUACUCGUGCCAAUAUUCAUCCAAGAGCUUAACAGCUUACUAAAUCUCAUAGUUAGAAAACCAGUUACACAUUAAUGUUGGCCGGUCAUUCUGCACUGUGUCGGAACUUUAAUGUUGUUAAUGUUUACCUUAUAGAGCAUGCCAGCAGCGGUAACAACAAUAAACAACUAAAAGGUU